AGUAACCUAUGAGGGGAGGAAACAGCAGUCAGCAACAUGGAGUGUGGGACCACAAUAGGGAAAGAAGUGAAAUACUUCCAGCCUACGUUUGGGAUGGAAGCCAGGAAGAGGGAGUCAGUGAGGAAGAAAAGCAAGGAGAGCAAAAAGGAAAUCUCACACAUCCCGGCAGGAUCAGCUGAGGAUGGAGGUGACCACACAAGAGAGGUGACUGAAGCCAAGGGUUCAGCAAAUGAAGAGAAUAGUCUGGUCAAAAGAGGAGUCUCAGUUGUUGACGAUGAAGAUCUCAAAACACCUAAGAAAGGAUGCCGAACCGGAAAUAGUUUGAGCUUCAAAGACAACCAAGCGAGUGGAGGAGAGGUUGGGAGCAGCAGAUACGGAUUGAGAAAGAGGGAGAGAAGAACUUAUACUGAGGAAAAGGAUCUCCCUGACGAUGAUUACCUGUCACCCAAAGUGGAAGAUUCGGAGUCUCACUCUCACCUUUAUUGUAGCAGUGUGUUUACUCAUGCUGAGUUCCUUCAGAAACACAGCAGAAGACAUCCCAAGCUCCUUCGAGACACAUCAGCAGAACAAUUUGCUUAUAGUAUAAAUGUUUCUUCACAGGAGAGAGAGUGUCGGGGAUCUAUCACAUAUACUGUUAGAGAAAAGGGGUUUAUGCAAAGGGGAUCUCUGCAGGGUCCCCAGCGAUUGAUCUCAGAAGAGAGACUGUAUAAGUGUGCUGAAUGUGGACAGAGUUUCACACAUUCUGGGAACUUUCAGAGACACCAGCGAUCACACAAAGGAGAGAGACCGUAUGAGUGUACUGAAUGUGGAAAGAAUUUCACAACGUCAGGGGAGCUCAAGGUUCACCAGCGUUCACACACUGGAGAGAAACCGUAUGAAUGUACUGAAUGUGGAAAGAGUUUCACACAGUCAGGGGACCUCCAGAGACACCAGCGAUCACACACAGGAGAGAGACCAUAUAAAUGUGCUGAAUGUAGAAAGAGUUUCACAACGUCAGGCCACCUCCAAAUACACCAUCGAUCACACACAGGAGAGAGACCAUAUCGAUGUGCUGACUGUGGAAAGAGUUUCACAACUUCAGGGCACCUCCAGAGACACCAGAGAUCACACAGUGCAGAGAGACCGUAUAAAUGUAUUGAUUGUGGAAAGAGAUUCACACAGUCAGGGAACCUCCAGAGACACCAGAGAUCACACACAAGAGAGAGACCGUAUAAUUGUAUUGAUUGUGGAAAGAGUUUCAAUAGCAAACAGUACCUCCAAGGCCACCAGCGAGGCCAUACAGGAGGGACUGUAUAAAUGGCUUGAAUGAGUUUUGCUGGUUUCUAGCAGAAGAAAGAUCACAAAUGCUCUGAAAGAUCCCGUACUGUGGGAAAGCUUUCCAGCAGCCGGUAAUGGUCAAAGCCCAUGUGAAAAGCUUCUUUGAGACGUGAAGAAAAUAACACUAAUAGUUUGGCAUGUACAGUGCAGAUAACCCUUCUACCUGCCCUCCACCAUCCCCUAUCCUACCCCAGGUCGGGUC